UGGUGCUAGCUCCAUCUGAUAAAGUCGAAGGCUGCAACUGAGCAGGGGGCAAUGGUAUGAUUUUCAGACCCGCACUGUCCACUGCAACCCCUGUAAAAUGCCUCAGAACAGCCGGCAUCAAAACGAUCUGAUAAGAUUAAUCAUGCCAAGUCUUUGUGUCGUGGGUUUUCACGUUUUUUUCGUCUCUGUCUCGGAAGAGAAGACCUUUCUACAGCUGAGUUCGUGCCUCACUCUUUUAUUCUUGUGACAUGGUUCUUUACAACGAGGAGAGACUUGCCAGUUGCCAUGGCCUGCAGAAUGAUGCCAUCAAAGUCACACAACGUCCUCGGAAUUUCUCAAGUCUUCUGUUCUGUGUCCCCUCCCUCCGAGGUCGGUUGGCCAAGGGUGGAGGUCUGACAGGGGUCUGCAGACAAAAAUUAUCUGAUCCGCUUUCUGGCGUCCGAACAAAGUUAUCAGAUCCGUUCCCCAGCACGCCAUGGCUUCUGUGCAACCACCCAUUGGCCAUCGUUUCGGAGCCUUUGGCUGGAAAGAUGAAAGCAGCAAACCGGUUUCCACCGGCACCAUGGAUCUAGGAGCCACGCCUUCGGUCCUCGUUUGACCCAAGAAGCAUCUCUUCGGUUGCGAGUUGCCCUGGGGGUUGCAUUUCAUUGAGAGUCUAGUGGGGGAGGGGCAUCCUUGUUUUAUUCUUUCUGUUUAUUUUCCCACUGGACAUGUGAAGACGAAUUGGGACAGCUUUUCCGAAGGUGUAAAAAAAAAAAAAAAAAAAGCUACGUGUAGUCUUCUUGAGUGUCAGACAAAACUACCACUCUCUCAUCAGUGUAGUAGUGUCGUCAUACGUUUCUCCCGCGAACCCGAUCACACACAGUAUCACAAUGGCGUCAACGCAAACGAAAGCGCGUCUCCAACUCGCGGAGUACGCUGCGUCUUCCGAGCCCAUCCUCAAACUCCCUCACCCCUACCAGACCGCCUACCACGUCGUCAAGGGCCAGGAGGGCUUCCAGCUCCAAGCCCGUGAGGGCCUCAAGCCCCUUCGCGAGCCUCUUCACAACGAUGCCAUCUUCUUCACAGCUCCCGAGGACCUCAAGCUCGGCGACAAGCCAAAAGACUCCAACAACACCGCCUGGGGCAGAGCAAGACGGACGGCGUCCGUCUCCAUCACCUGGAAGGGCGAGCAACCACCCACCGUCGGCCAAGUGUGGCUCAUCACCUACGCCGUCUUCAUCCUCCGCCCCUCCGAGGAAGCCUUCCGCCUCGCCCUCUUCGGCUCCGGCGUCGACAAGCUCUCCUCUCAGCUCAAGGCCGUCGGCCUAGCCAUUGACCACCCCACCACCGCCAUCAAGGACGUCCCCCCAACAAAGGAGCUCGUCAUCUCCCGCGGUGCCUUCUGGCAAGGCGCCGGCUCCCCCUUCGGCUCCCGCCCCGCCUGGGUCCCCGAAGAGCAGGACCCCGACCUCUCGGGCUACCCCCUCCCGCCCCCCGAGUACGUCAUAACCAGCGACUCCUCCGCCCUCUGCUGGCACCCAAGGCGCCGGGCGAAGCCCAUCCCCGGCUCCGUCAUUUACAGCCGGUACAUCCCCCACCUCAAGGAGACAUUCAGCAUGAUCGCGCUCGACUACAAGAACGACGAACACCUCAACUUGUUCCACACCUGGCAGAACGACCCUCGCGUUUCCCAGGGGUGGAACGAGACGGGCACGGUCGAGCAGCACAGGGAGUACCUCCGCAAGGCGCACGAGGAUCCCCAUCAGAUCACCAUUCUCGCGCGGUUCGACGACGUCUGCUUUGCUUAUUUUGAGGUGUACUGGGGCAAGGAGGACCGCAUCGGCGCGUACUACUCUGCCGGCGACUACGACCGCGGCAGACACUCCCUCGUGGGCGACGUCCGCUACCGCGGGCCCCACCGUGUGAGCGCCUGGUGGUCGAGCUUGAUGCACUACCUCUUCCUUGACGAGCCCCGCACCAUGAGCGUCGUCGGUGAGCCCAAGUACACCAACAGCUCGGUUCUCAUGUACGACCUCAUGCACGGCUUCGGUCUGGACAAGUUCAUCGACCUGCCCCACAAGCGCUCCGCCUUUGUGCGUUGCUCGCGGGAGCGCUUCUUCCAGCUUUGCCCUCUGGAUGAGAACGACAAGGUGAUGGGCGGUACUGGUGUUGGGCUGGUUCCUAAGCUUUAAUUUUUUCUCUGUGUGUGUAAUACGUAAUGUCUUUUUUCUUCAGUUGUUAUUCUGGAUGGAUGGGUUUGGGCAACAUGGAUGGUUAGUGUUAAAAGUUGGUCAUUCCAAUAUUCUUCAACA